AUGUACAAGAGCAAUGAGAGUCAGAUGCUUCAAACAUUGGACAACGUGUUAUGUUACCUUCUUCUUUUACCGGUGGUGCUCGAAAUUGGAAGAUUUGUUAAAGACACCAGGCUAAAUCCAGAAGACAUGCCUGACAUUCUUUGUCGUUUAUUUAAGAUCAAGCUUGAUGCACUUAUUAAAAAAUUGAAAGACAAUGAAUUAUUCGGCAAAAUUCAAGCAGGCUUCUUCAAUCAAUAUUUUUUCAAAUAUAUCAACAAAGGUCCAGAUAGAGCUACUGUUGCUAUUGUAGAAAACAAUAAUGAUGUGGUUACUAUUAAUGUUGUUGAUGAGAUAAAGAAAUAUUAUGAUUGUAGACACGUUUCUGCAUGUGAAGCUUCAUGGCGUACUUUUGGGUACGAUGUUCAUUACAGGACUCCUUCUGUUUUAAGACUUCCUUUCCAUCUUUCGAGACAACAACAAGUGGUAUUUGGUGCUGAAGAUGAUAUUGAAAAUGUCAUAAACAGACCAUCUGUGGCGUCCUCAAUGUUCUUAGCUUGGAUGAAUUGUAAUCAAAUUUAUCAAGAAGCACGAGAACUCACUUACGUUGAACUCCCUACAAAGUUUGUGUGGAAAUUGGAAGAGCGACGUUGGGAUCGAAGGAAAAAAGGCUUCACAAUUGGACGGAUUCAUUCAGUUUCUCCUACUCUAAGAGAAGCAUAUUAUUUAAGAAUUCUUUUGAAUAAAGUGAAAUGUCCUAAAUCAUUCGAAGACAUUCGUACAGUAAAUGGAAAUAUAUUUCCUACUUUUAGAGAUGCAUGUUAUGCUCUUGGGGUUUUAGAUGAUGACAUGGAAUUUAUUGAUGCCAUUGAAGAAGCAAAUUUAACCGCAUCUGAUUUAUCCCUCAAUGAAGAACAAAAGCUUGUAACUGCUCUAACAAAUGAGCAAAGAGGUGUUUAUGAUGAAAUCAUGACAGUUGUUGAAAAGAACAAAGGUGGUGUGUUUUUUGUUUAUGGGCAUGGCGGAACAGGUAAAACAUUCAUAUGGAAGACAUUGGCUGCAUCAAUAAGAUCUAAAGGAGAAAUUAUUUUAAAUGUCGCUUCCAGUGGUAUUGCUUCUUUACUUCUUACCAGUGGCAGGACGGCACACUGUCGCUUUCAAAUCCCUCUAAUUAUCAAUGAAGAUUCUCUUUGUCACAUAAAGCCAGACAGUGAUGUUGCGAAGUUAAUAAAAAAGACUACUUUGAUAAUAUGGGAUGAGGCACCAAUGGUUCAUAAGCAUGCAUUUGAAGCAUUGGAUAGAAGUUUGAACGAUAUUUUCAAUAAUCGAUGCAUUAGUGACUCGCAAAUGCUUUUUGGUGGCAAGGUAUUUGUUUUUGGAGGAGAUUUCAGACAAAUUCUGCCGGUUAUUCCCAACGCAAGUAGACAAUACAUUGUUAAUGCAUCGUUAAGUUCAUCUUACAUUUGGGAAAAAUGCAAAGUCCUAAGGUUAACUAAGAACAUGAGGCUAACUGCAAACAGUGAAUGUUCUAAAAUUGAACAAACAAGGGUUUUUGCAACCUAG